AUGGCCUGGUUGGAGGAGAUGCAGGCCAUGGUGACGGUGUCCCAGUCAACCGGCUAUUUCGAGCUGCAGCUGAUCUCGGUGGAGAAUGUAAACGGCGAGCGGGCGGACGGGGAGUGCUGCGACGGCCCCCGGAGCCCCCAGGACCUGCGCUGCACCCGGGACGAGUGCGACACCUACCUCCGGGUGUGCCUGAAGGAGUACCAGAUGGAGGUCACCACCGGCGGGCCCUGCACCUUCGGACCCGGGGCCACGCCGGUCCUCGGUGGGAAUACCUUUUCUUUUAAGGGCGCCGGCAAUAACGCCAACAAGAUCGACGAGUCCGGCAAGAUUGUGAUCCCCUUCCAGUUUGCGUGGCCGAUCAAGUUGAAUUUGUAG